CUUCAGCAUUGUAACAGGCAGCAUGUCCUACGGGACCUUGUUGUUUUUGUAGGUUAUAUUGAUGUUAGUACAAGUACAACAAAUUUAGUCGACACUGUAGAAGCAUUACAGUAACCUGAGCGUUACUCAACAGGAAAGAAGACGAAGCCCUUCGUAGGUCUUCCGUGGUUUCAUGGAUUUAUAUUGUCAAUGCUAGCUGACAGCUAGCGGUUAGCUGGCGUGACAUUUCACCGAGGUGUGCAGGAAAACUUCUCCGGUGACCCAGCCUUUCUACUGUAAACGGUAAGUGUCCACUGGAAGAAUAAACUUCAUCAUCACAAUGACAGCUCAGGAAGGAGAGGGAUGGGGAGGCAUUAAUCUGUCACCUCACCUGCACACGGAUGAGUGCAAUGAACUAAUAAGUCAUCUGAGGCAGUGCCACACAGAGCACAAUGUCAUGAAGUUCUUUGGCACGUGUAAUGAUAUGGACCGCGCAAUGCGUCAGUGCCUGAAGAAAGAGAGACUGGAAAAGCGGGAGCGCAGCAAGCAGCAUGCACAAGAGAUGAAAAGGAGGCUGAAAGAAGGGCCCAAGGAGCAUAUCUGAAGGACAUUUUACUGCAACUUUUCCACUGGCAGUGCAGUUUAGAAGUAUUCAGAUAUUGGGACGUUAGUUUAAGCAUUGGCACUGUGUAACAUGCCUCCCCUGCUGUUUUUGUGUCAAGACAGAGCGAAGGUUGUGACUCUGUCUCUGUAAAUUCAGAGGUGAGUGGGUUAUAUCAGGAGUGACAGGUCUAAGUGUGAUUUGGUAGCGUACAUCAGCUACUUCAAGGUGCUGUUAUUAUUGUAUAUUAUUGCUUUACUAUUAUUUUGAUCUGUUGAGAGACACACACAAUCACAGGUAAUUUAAAUGUCAGGAUCAUAUACCAGCAGUGACAAACCUGGCUUAAGUUGUACAGCUUAUUCUUGUAUUUACUGUGUAAUGAACCCUCCUACAACCUUCCAGAACAUUUUAGGUCAUCAUUAAAACAAUAACAUCUAGUACUUUAGAAUAAAAAUGGCUGCUGAUCCUCAUUAAUUCCCCCUAUAUUAGCAGUUUGUUACCACAUCAAAGAGAUCAGUGAAGCUGGUGGCAGAAGCCUUUCAUCCAACCAUUAUUUUAGUUGGCAGGACACCUCAGGAAUAUUCUGGUACCUGAAAGUGAUUCAUAAAAACAUGGAGAGUCCAUUUCAGGGUAUAAAAGAUGCAUAUAAAAACAAAAGAGAGACCCGUGGCUGGGUUACACUCAAUGUCAGUACACAGUACAUACAUACUGAGUAUAUUCAUUGUUGUUUGAAAGUUUAUUUGAAAGGGGAAAUUAUUGGUUCAUGAGAAGUUUGAUUCCAAAUAAAGAGAUAUAAUCAGUUAAGUUGAUAUGUUGUGUAAUUGUAAAACACUGAAACAACUAAGUAUCAAUCAGGGUAUGUACUGGUCUUUGAAAGCCCUCAAAAAGUACCUACUUGUCAUACCUUCAUGCUUUGGCUGGUAUGGUAUUAAAAAUUAAAACAGGUAUUGAAUUCUAUAUGUGGUAUUAAAAAUGGUUAAUGUUCUAACUUCAGCUGGUAAGGUUGUGGAAGGAUGCACUAAACCUCUCUUCAGCUGUCUACUGGCUCUUGGUUGAUAAGUUUGUGUUCCUGUGACUGAAAGUUUAUGUUUAGGUCUCAAGAUGACACCUGAGCCAUUUGCUUGCUUGGGCUCAGAAUCAUUACUAAGUGGACCUUUAAGGCUGAAUAAUCUUUAUCACAUUCAAUAUCCUUUCCAAAGGUUGUCUUUUUGUUGUUGUUUUUUUUUUCCAAAAAUCAAACAAAGGCUACAACACUAAAAACUGAUUGCAGCAGAUCUGUUAGAUCAGUUAGAAGGACUCUUACUUCCUUAAAACCUACACAGGAAAUGCCAAGCCCCUGUCUGUCCAACAACUGUUCCAAGUUAAAUGACAAUAGGACUGAAAGAUGUGACCAGCAAAGGAUUCAAAAUGUAGACUGAAGCUCAGUUCCUUCAUAUCUAAAUAAUGAUUUGUAAAUUAUUGCGGUAUCACAGUCAUGACUGUCAACAUCUAUUUUCACACUAUUACUAUACUGUUUUCAGAAAUGUAAAACAAAAAACACAUUGUGAAAGUACUGUUUCUUUAUUUGAAGCAGCUCACUCUACCCAUCACAAAGUAUGGAUCAAUAUUUGACAGAUAUUUAAAUUGUAAGGCACCCCAAGAUGUGCUUUGAGACAAUGUGGGAGAAAAAAAAAAA